UCAGGUGGAAUGGUGUACAGAAGAAAAAGGCACUUCACCAUCCCACGCCUCAUUUCAUUGGCUAUCAGCUCCAAGGAAGUUCCAUUAUUUCUGGUACUGUCAGAGAAAGACACCAUUACCAGCAGUUCCAGGACACCUAAUCAAAGGCUGGUGUCAAGACUGUGCUAAUGAUCUGGAUCCAGGUCCUAAGUCUCUUGUUGCCUGGAGACAAAGUUUCACAGUUGAAGAGGAGAAGCUGGGACUAGCAGGCUUCACAAGGAACACAAAGGUAUAGCCUUGCUCACUGCAUAUCCACUGACCUGACCCAUAGUACAACUCCAGUAGGAAUUGUUGGACAGACAACUGAAUGAGGAGACUAAACUGUAGCCAGCUCUAGAGAUUAAAACAUAAAGAGUUCACAGAUGACCUAGGACAGCACUGGCUGCCUCAGACAACCAGACUCUCCACCUGCUGCCCAAUUCCUGUGUCUGCAGUGCUGGGGACACCUCUCAGAAUGUGAGCGGGACCUUCAUUUUGUUUGCUGCCUGGAACAGUGCCUCAUUCAUACAGUUUGUCGUGAUUUUUCCUCACACUGAUCACUAUCCAAUCAGAACAACAAACUUCUAACACUCCCUUACUAAAAGAACAUGGUUAAGGGUAAGAAAGGCCCCAAGGGCAAGAAGAUCACCCUCAAGGUGGCCAAGAAUUGCAUCAAAAUCACUUUUGAUGGGAAAAAGCGCCUUGACUUGAGCAAGAUGGGAAUUACCACCUUCCCCAAGUGUAUUCUGCGCCUCAGUGACGUGGACGAGCUGGACCUUAGCCGGAAUCUGAUCAGGAAGAUCCCUGACUCCAUCUCUAAGUUCCAGAACCUCCGGUGGCUAGACCUGCACAGCAACUACAUAGACAAGCUGCCUGAGUCCAUCGGCCAGAUGACCAGCCUGCUCUACCUCAAUGUCAGCAACAACAGGCUGACAAGCAACGGGCUGCCCGUGGAGCUGAAGCAACUCAAGAACAUCCGCACUGUGAACCUAGGCUUGAACCACCUGGACAGUGUGCCCACCACACUGGGGGCCCUGAAGGAGCUCCACGAGGUAGGGCUCCAUGACAACCUACUGAACAACAUCCCCAUGAGCAUCUCCAAGCUCCCCAAGCUGAAAAAGCUCAACAUAAAGCGGAACCCCUUUCCAAAGCCAGAUGAGUCAGAAAUGUUCAUAGACUCCAUCAGGAGGCUGGAGAACUUGUAUCUUGUGGAGGAGAAGGAUCUGUGUGCGGCUUGCCUGAGAAAAUGCCAAAACGCCCGGGACAAGCUGAAUAGAAUCAAGAACAUGGCCACGACGACACCGAGAAAGACCAUCUUUCCCAAUCUGAUCUCACCCAAUUCCACGGCCAAGGACUCCUGGGAAGACUGGAGAAUACGCUCAACAUCUUCCUAGAGUAGCUGUGGCAAAAACUUGAAGACUACUCAGCUAACAGAAUAAACGACUCUGAAGAGGAGAAGCCCCCAGUUAAGAGAAGAUAGAGUGGCAAGUGAGAUCUUCUGGAAACCAGGCUCACCGGACCUGGCCAAGUCACCGACUUGCUUCUCAAAUUCACUUCACCUCCCUUAGCUUUAGCCCACCUGUGUGUGAAAAUGACUUUCGGAAAUAUUUGAUGUGGUUUUUAAAAUGUAUAUAGAAAAAAAUUUAAGAAAAUUACAGAUUAUAUAUUAUAGACAACUAAAUAUUUAAGACUUUAAGACUUAAAUAUUUAUGCCUCUACAUUUCACUCGGACUAGGACAUCUCAAUGCCAGUAGUCUGUGAUAAGUUUAUGUAGGUAUAAUGAGAUACUGAUAUGGUUUGGGCAUUUGCCCCCUCCAAACCUCAUGUUGAGAUUUGAUCUCCAGUGUUGGAGGUGGGGCCUAAUGGAAGGUCAUGGGGGUGAGUCCCUCAUGAAUGGCCUGGUGCCAUCCUUUUGGUAAUGAGUGAGUUCUCACUGUAUUAGAUCCUGUUGAAAAUUGAUUGUUAAAAAGACCUUGGGACCUCCCUCUCCUCUCUCUCUCUUCCUCUCACCAUGUGAUGCCUGCUCCCCUUCACCUUCCACCAUGAGUGGAAGCACCUAUACCCCAAAGCCCUCACCAGAAGGAGGUGCUGGCACCUGUACACCUUGUAAGAACCAUGACCCAAAUAAACUUCUUUUCUUUAUAAAUUACCUAGCCUUAAGUAUUCCUUUAUAGCAAUGCAAAUGGACUAAGAUACCUCAAGCAACCCCAAUUUAUACAAAAAGUUAUGUAGAAAAACAUGCUUAAAAAUACUAUAGAUAAGGUAUGAUUUUAACAAAUCUUUCAGUGGUUCAUAGGUAGGCAGGAAACAGAAACCAGAGAAAUGAACAACAGGAAAAAAACAAAAAAUAAAAAUAAAAUGGCAGACUUGUAUUCUAACAUUUUGAUAAUUAUAAUAAAUGUAAACAAUCUGCUUUAUUUGUAAUGACCACAAAAUGGAAACAACCAAAUUUUGCUCAAUGCACAAAUUGUUAAACAAGCUAGUAUAUUUCUAUCAUGGAAUACUACUCAGCAAUAAAGAGGAACAGACCACUGAUACAUGCAACAACUUGAAUGUAUCUCAAUGGCACUAUUCUCAGUUAAAAAAAAAAUGCCCAUCUCCAAAAGUCACAUACUCUAUGAUUCCAUGUAUAGAACAGUCUCUAAGUGAAAAAAUAAUAGACAUGAAAAACAGAUUCAUGAUUCCCAGGAUUUAAGGAUGGUAGGGGAAGACAGGGAGGUAGACUUAACUAUAAAGUGGUAGCACAGAGAUAUCUUUGUGGUGAUAAAAUAACUGUGUAUGUCGAUUUUGGUGGUGGUUACUCAAAUCUACAUGUGAUAAAAUGACAAAGAACUCUGCAUACACAUGUACCAGUGUCAGUGUCCUGGUUCUGAAAUUGUGCUAUAGCUAUAUAAAAUGUAACCAUGGUAGAGGGGGAUAUUAAGUGAAAGGUGUACAGAGUCUCUCUGUACUAUUUUUGCAACUGUGAAUCAAUAUUUUGAAAUAAAAAUUAAAAAAAAAAAUCUUACAGCCUAGAUGCAACAAUCAAUAGAUCCUUAUACAUCUGCCCGGUGCUGAUUUAUGAGGCACUAUGGCAAGCUUAAAGUGAGAAACUAAAACAACGAGUCAGCCUAGAGAUACAAUUGAGGCACAGAGUAAGGCAAUUCAGGCACCUUAACCUCGGCUCAGCCGGCUAAUCUAAAAUUUCCUAUUGUUGAUCUUAUUCUUGCAGAUUCCUGAAAAAGUUGCAAAAUAAAUAGAAACUUCAUGAAUUCUCUAUGUCCCAGGUUUUCUGGAGGUAGCUGGGCACAGGGGGCAACUAGGAUGGAAGAAACCUUGAACCAGUGGAUUGCUCAUCACCAUUCCUGGGCAUUUGCACACCUGUUCCCCACCCCUGGUGGUGUGGGAGUAUAAAGGUUGUGGAAGCAAUGUGGCUGGGUAGAGUUGGAAGGAAAAAGGGCAGGCUUGCUGCAGUGACUGGGGCUUGCAUCAGGCUUUUGCCCUGGAAGGGAUCUGAGGUUACGGCUAAGGAUACAGCAGAGAUGAGGCAUGAACCUAGUACAGCCAGACAAAGACGAACAUGGAAUGGGGCCAGGGCCAAGGUCUGAGCAUGACCUAGGCAGAAUGGCCAGGGCUCGGAUGCUCAUGACUCACAAAGCCAACUGUGUGAACAAGCUCCUAGAUGCUGCAGCACUGGCUGUCACUCUCAUUUUGAGUCUGCAGCCAGGUGCCAUUUGCCUCUGAUCCCAGUGACUCCGGUAUAGACACAGGAUAUGAGUAGUUUGGUCUCCACAGUUGUGCUCCCAGGGCUUUAGCACAGCAAGAAAUCCAAGGACCAUGCUUCUCUACUCAGUGGUGGAGCCGGCACUACCUUUACCAGUUAAGCAAUUGUGUACCUUACGGAUCUGUAGCCAAUGGCAUGAAUCUCUAGGGGGCAGGAUUGAAGGAGGAGAAAUGCUAGGAAGGGGAGCUUGUACUUUAUCCUCCCCCCAGCUAACUGUGGUGCCUCUGGGGUGUGGUUAAUUAUCAUGGAAGGUCAUAUUCUCAUGGGAAUCGCAUAGGUUCUUACGACUGGUUUUCUAAAUUAUUUGUCUUUCAUUAUCUUUAAAAGAUAAUCUCUAAAGGAAACAAUAAACUGAAAAUGUUCAACUGUAAAUCUUUGCACCCCCAAAAUAAAUUUCAUUCUAAACAUUAUAUGUAAAGAAUUUAUACAAUUAAGAAUGAUUUUAGGAACUGCAAACACCCAGGUACAAUCAGGCCCUGAAUACAAGCACCAUCUCACACCCAAUAGCUUUCUCCAGCCUGGGGAUGCUUUUUCCUCAAUGACAUGGUGGAUGUACCAGUUUACCCAAAAAUAUGUGCUGAGCCCAAGAGAGAUUUGAGAGAAAGAGAAUCAGAUAGGCAUCCUAGCCUUGUAUUUCUCUGAGUUUUCUAAACUCUGGGCUUAGUAUGAACUGAGGUCAUUAGAAAGCAAUGUAACUGAGCCAGGUAUUGUUAGCUUCCCAAAGAAAUGCCUGUACAAAAAUAAGUGCGAAUGUUAGGCUCCCAUUCAUGCAGAGAACUGAUACAGAGAAUUAUGUUCCCCAGCACUCUUUUUGUAUGUUUUAUUAAAAAGGAAUUGCCACCUUUGGUACCCACGAUCCUUUAGAGAAGAACCAAAUUUGAUAUUCAGCACCAAGAGAAAGUA